GGAGCACGGUGUGACCUCUGAGCACCGGAAGUAGUAGAAGAAGAAGCAGCGCCUCACCGCCCCACGCUGUCUGCUGCUGGUACUGGUUCUGGUGGUUUACUGGUUUACUGGUGCUGUUCUGGUUCUGCAUCAUGGCUGCCUCUAAGCCGGUGGAUUCUCAGUCUGGUUCUGGGCUCCCCCGCUGGCAGAUCGCCCUGCUGGUCGGAACCCCGCUGGUUCUGGGUGUUGGAGCUAUCUAUCUGUGGAACCGCAGCAGGACGAAGCAGAGGAAAGGAACCGGGGACGGGACCGGGGAGAGGAAGACUCCUGAAGGCAGCAGCAGCCCGGUGCAGGAGGGCCAGGACGGAGCCGCUCCGGUCAUCAGAGAGCCGGACAACCUGAGCCCGUUGGAUCGGGCCCAAGCAGCAAAGAACAAGGGCAACAAGUAUUUCAAGGCUGGCAAGUACGAGAACGCCAUCCAGUGCUACACAGAGGCCAUCGCUCUCUGCCCCACUGAGCAAAAGACCGACCUGUCAACGUUUUACCAGAACAGAGCGGCAGCCUACGAACAACAGAUGAAAUGGACAGAAGUGGUGCAUGACUGCUGUCAGGCCGUGGAGAUGAAUCCACGCUACGUCAAGGCUCUGUUCAGGAGGGCUAAAGCUCUGGAGAAACUAGACAACAGGAAGGAGUGCCUAGAAGACGUCACAGCGGUUUGUAUUCUCGAGGCCUUCCAGAACCAACAGAGCAUGCUGCUAGCAGACAAGGUGCUGAAACAGCUGGGAAAAGAGAAGGCCAAAGAUAAAUACAAGAACCGUGAGCCGAUGAUGCCUUCUCCUCAGUUCAUCAAAUCCUACUUCAGCUCGUUCACCGACGACAUCAUCUCACAGCCGCUGCAGAAGGGCGAGAAGAAAGAUGAGGACAAGGACAAGGAGGGCGAGGCGGCCGAGGUCACUGAGAGCUCCGCCUACCUGAAGGCAAAGCAGUACAUGGAGGAGGAGAACUACGAUAAGAUCAUCAGUGAAUGCACCAAGGAGGUCGAGUCAGGAGGCCGAUACACUGCGGAGGCUCUGCUGCUGCGCGCCACCUUCUACCUGCUGAUCGGUAACGCUACGGCGGCUCAGCCUGACCUGGACCGGGUCAUCAACAUGCAGGACGCCAACGUGAAGCUACGAGCCAACGCUCUGAUCAAGCGGGGAAGCAUGUACAUGCAGCAGCAGCAGCCUAUGCUCUCCACUCAAGACUUCAACAUGGCGGCCGACAUCGACACACGCAACCCCGACGUCUAUCACCACAGGGGGCAGCUGAAGAUCCUGCUGGACCAGGUGGACGAGGCGGUGGGAGACUUUGACGAGUGCAUCCUGCUCAGACCCGACUCGGCUCUCGCCCAGGCUCAGAAGUGCUUCGCUCUCUACAGACAAGCGUAUACUGGAAACAACCCGUCACAAGUCCAGAUCGCCAUGGACGGCUUCGAGGACGUCAUCAGAAGGUUCCCCAAGUGUGCAGAGGGCUACGCUCUGUAUGCUCAGGCUUUGACUGAUCAGCAGCAGUUUGGAAAAGCAGACGAGAUGUACGACAAGUGUAUUGAACUGGAACCAGACAACGCUACCACAUAUGUCCACAAGGGUUUGUUACAGCUCCAGUGGAAACAGGACCUUGACCUGGGUCUAGAUCUCAUCAGUAAGGCCAUUGAAAUCGACAACAAAUGUGACUUUGCCUAUGAAACUAUGGGAACCAUCGAAGUUCAAAGGGGAAAUCUGGAUCGGGCGAUAGAAAUGUUCAACAAGGCCAUUAACCUGGCCAAGUCGGAGAUGGAGAUGGCCCAUUUGUACUCGUUAUGCGACGCAGCGUACGCCCAGACGGAAGUGGCGAGGAAGUACGGGCUGAAACCUCCGACACUGUAACGUCUCUCUGCCAACCGAUCGCCAAUCUCAAAUCUUCAUAGCUGAACAUAACUGUGUUAAAAUGCAACUUAACUUUUGAUUUAUACAAAAAGAGAUAAAGAGUACUGGAUUAUAAAAGAGCCCUAAAUAUAGAGAGGUGAAGUCCCGCCCCUCUGGUGGACCCCCUUGUUUCAGAAAAGAUAUGUACGGUAUCACACACAUGAUGUUUGACAAUUUAAAAGAUCAUUUAGUCCAGAAAAAGUCUCAGUUUGUCGUCGUAUCAUUUAGUUUGAACCGCUCAGUGAGCUACGUCUCUCGUCUCACACAACAUACGUCACCAACUUAGUGAUGUUCCACGUACAGAUGAAACGUUAUCUGACCUGAUGUGUUUUAUCACAUUUAAGAAUCUGCAAGCUGCAAAAAAUUACUCAAACUGAUUAAUCGAUUAUCAAAAUAUAGGUGGCUAUUAAUUUAAUAGUCGACAAUUAAUGGAUUAAUCGUUGCAGAUCUCUAGAAACGUCACUAUGACACUUUUGUGUGUCGUCUUUCUAAUUACGUAUUUUCACAGUCUUAGGCUUUAGGCGUUAGCUGAACACAAACCAUGAACUGUACGCUACCUAAUAGUUAAUAAUACAGUUUAAAUGAAUGAAAACAACUUACCCCGAAAACUCAAGUACUGCACUAAUUUGUCUCAGAUCAGAUCAGAUCGUGGAGACUACGGUCGGUAAAGUUAUAAAGCUCUAAAGGUAUCCAAAAAAAGACACCACAAUGAGAAA